GAUAACUGCGCAGGAGUUGGGUGAUCAACAACUCGACAUCCCUCUGGAGAGAAGUUAGUUCACAGGACUGAGAAGUGUCACCUUCUGCUGGAGCGCAACUCUCAUUUGCGUCAUGGCUAAGCUAGCAUUUUCCCUAAAAGUGCUGAAAGGUCCUGGAAGAGGGUGUCGCUCCAUCUUGGCCCUUCUGGGGACACGCCAUCAGCGCCGCGGGCACCUCUCGUCUGUCCCCAGAAACUUCGAAGACUAUGAAAGCUUGAGGAAGAUCCACAAUCCUCAAGUCCCCGAGCAUUUCAACUUCGCGAAGGAUGUUAUUGACAAAUGGGCAGAGAAGGAAAAGCUCGGAGGCAGAGCAGAGAGCCCGGCCUUCUGGUGGGUGAAUGACGGCGGAGAUCAGAUAAGAUGGACCUUUGAAGAGCUGGCCCUCCAUUCCAGAAGAACAGCCAAUGUUCUGUCAGGCCCUUGCGAUCUUCAAAGAGGAGACCGAGUGCUUUUGAUUUUGCCCAGACUCCCAGAAUGGUGGCUUGUGAAUGUGGCGUGUAUGAGAACAGGUACAGUCCUGAUACCUGGAACCUCCCAGCUGACAGCUCGAGAUAUUCUUCAGAGACUCCGUGUGUCCCAAGCCAAGUGCAUCAUUACGGAUGAGUCCCUGGCUCCAGUGAUCAACGCCAUUUCCCCCGAAUGUUCCUGGCUGAAAGCUAAGCUUCUUGUGUCGAACAAGAAGCAAGAUGGGUGGAUGAAUCUCACAGAGCUCUCUAAGACUGUUUCAAGCGAACACACCUGCAUGCAGACAAGAAGUGAUGAUCCCAUGACCAUAUUCUUCACAAGCGGCACCACGGGCUCUCCGAAAAUGACACAACACACCCACUGCAGCUAUGGAAUUGGACUUGCAGUCAACGGCAGGUUUUGGCUCGACCUGACCGAGGAGGAUGUGCUGUGGAACACUUCAGACACGGGCUGGGCGAAGUCUGCGUGGAGCAGCGUCUUCGCCCCCUGGACGCAGGGCGCCUGCGUGUUUGUGCACCGCAUGGCUCAGUUUCAUCCCAGAACUGUACUGGAGACCUUGUCGAAGUAUCCUAUAUCAGCGUUCUGCAGUGCUCCUACUGCAUAUAGAAUGCUGAUGCAAGAAGACAUUUCAAGGUAUCGCUUUCCGUACCUGAAGCACUGCGUGUGUGCCGGAGAACCUGUCAAUCCGGACUUGCUGGAGAAGUGGAAGGACCACACUGGACUUGACAUCUAUGAAGGAUAUGGACAAACAGAAACGGUGUUGAUUGCUGGGACUUUUAAAGGGAUGAAAAUCAAACCAGGGUCUUUAGGGAAACCAUCACCAGCCUACAACGUUCAGGUUGUAGACGAGAUGGGUAAUAUUGUUCCACGAGGUACAGAAGGAAACAUUGCAAUCAAAGUGAAACCCCAGAAGCCAUUCUGCCUUUUUUCAGGAUACACUGAUGAUGCAGUGAGCACAGCGCUGUGCUACAGAGGAGAUUUCUAUCUGACUGGAGACCGAGGCCUCAUGGAUGAGGAUGGCUACCUCUGGUUUUUUGGGAGAGCAGAUGAUGUCAUUUUGUCUGCAGGAUACAGAAUUGGUCCUUUCGAAGUAGAAAACGCUCUGGCUGAGCACGAAGCCGUGGCAGAAUCGGCUGUGGUAAGCAGCCCUGAUCCAGUGAGAGGAGAGGUUGUAAAGGCCUUUGUUGUUCUGACUCCUGAAUACGCAGCGCAUGAUAAACAACAACUGGCUGCAGAAUUGCAGAAACACGUAAAGCAAGUUACAGCUCCGUAUAAAUAUCCACGCAAGAUUGAAUUUGUGGAGCAGCUGCCGAAGACGGUCAGCGGUAAAAUUCGAAGGCUUGAGCUGCGGAACAAGGAAUGGGGACACAGUUAAACCGAGUGUACAUCUGCCAGUACUGUCAUCUGAAAAGAUCAAAUGCACAUUAAAUGUCAUAUACUGUACAUACAUGAAGACAGAAAGAAGAUGUUGCAGAAAUGCCUAUUUUCCUAAUGCCAUCAUAUGCAGAAAUACAACGUAAUUAGGAAUUGUGAAAAUACAUAGAUUUUAAAAAUGAGCGAGAGUAAAUUGAACUUUUGCUCAAUCAUCAGUCUGUUGAAUUUAUAUAUUUACUCCGUUCUACAGAUUUUAGUAUCUAUAUUUGUAUUCUAAUCCUACUCUAAAAGCUUUUUAAAUACGGUAAGUGUCUGUACUUAAGGAGACUAUUUAAAGUAAGCUCCUACAACUGAUUUUGUAAAAUUAUGCUUUGAAAUAUUUACUCUAGCUGAGUGAUAUAUAAUUAAAUUUUCUGAGUCUUAAUGCUUGGACUGAGAAGGAUCUAAUAAAAGACACUUCCCCUCGGCAAAAUCAAACUCCAUUUACAGUAUGGUUAUUUAAGUAACUGAUUUAGCACUAUAAAUUAAAGUGUAACCCAACUGUGAUUAAAUGUGACGUUUUUAAAUUAAACGUAAUAACUGUAAACAGGGGGAAAAAAAACAUUCUAAACCCCAGUUAUGGAACAAAAUAUAAACAAUGUUAUUCACCAUCAAUGACUACAUAUAGGAUGAGAUCCACAACUGAUGUAUUCUACCCAACUGAGUGAUGAGAGAUUCAUUAUAUACCAUCAAGAACUGUCAUCAAAUUAGUCUGAAGGUUGAAUAGCUGGAGAGCUGUAUUCAGGGAUCUACAGGCCUCUGUCAAUAUGGUCAAUGUUAGAGUAGGAAAAGAAUGGCUUUUGAGAAGAAUACCCCUUCUCUCCAAAAAGAACAUUACUGCAAGGCUCAGGUUUGCAAAACAGCACCUGAAUUAACAAAACUUCUGGAACAAUGACCUCUGGGCCGAUGACACAUUUGAGCUGUUUGGCUGUAAUGCAAAAUUACGUUUGGCGAAAAAGAAACACUGCAUAUUACCACAAGAACCUCAUACUAACUAUCAAGCAUAGUAAGAAUCCUUACACUUAUAUAGCGCUUUUCUAGACCCUCCACUCAAAGCGCUUUACAGCUAAUGGAGACUCCCCCCAUCACCAGUGUGCAGCCCCACCUGGAUGACUAAAAUAACACCAGCAUACAUUUCCUUAUAUUAAUUUUAAUUAAAAAAUUGUAUGUGUAGACAAUAAGAGAUGAGGUCAACAGUAUUCCCAUAGUGCACUUGCAACUACGUACAGGACGCAUAAAUAGUCACUUUCAAUCAUUUGUGCAGAAUGCUUUCAGAAGUACACCAUGAUGCAGUAAUAAAUAAAAAAGCAAUAUAAAAAUCAGUAUGUUUGACAAACUGGUUAAAAGCAUGUAAUAUGUAAUAGCACCACCAAAUAAAAAUA